ACCGCCACUCAGGCCCGAGACUUCAGCGAAGUCAGAGAGAGAGACUUUUUAUUAUUUUUUUCGAUUUUAAGCUAUUCAUAGUGUUAUUAUUUUAUAUCAUUAUCUUUUUGUAUUGUGAGGCGGUGGAACACGACAUCGGAAACAUCAGAGACGCUAUAUAUCUUAAGAAUAUCCGAGAAAUAUUUCAAGUACAAAUGCAAUAAGAAGCAUUCACCCAACUGUGAGUGCGCUCGCCCCUGCCGAGGCAGAUAACUAGUAAGCCGAUAAGCUCGUGACGUCACCGCCCAUCGCCAGGUCUCCGGCGCCAGAGGAUCGGCCGCUAUGCCCCGCCCGUGGACUCUCGCCGCCGCCGCCCUCCUGCUCCUCAGCCUGGCAGAAGGUCCUUCCCCGGCCGGCGCAGGACUCCUCAGAAAUGUCAAGCUGACAGAGCAGCAGGAGGGGACGGUGAGGAAGGUGGAUGAACUCCUCAAUCAAUUCCUAGAAAACAUCCGCCGCAUGUUCUACAAGAAAAAUCCUCACCUGAACCCCUAUCCCCAUGAGGGGUUCGCCUACAAAGAUUACUCCAUGGAAACCCAAGAUCUGAACCCAGGCACAAGCAGCCCUGUAGAAGGUCCCCCCCGUACAAAUAUCAGUGAAGAACAAGAAGAGAAUGAUGCCCAGAAAGGGAUGGAUCCUGGCAGGGACAGCCAUGACCCUCCAGCUGCUAAUGAGAAAGGAUCUAAUUCGGCGGAUGAAGGAGCGGAUGGCAGGGGGGAGCCUCCUGUUGCCUCCGACGGGGAGUGUGGUCAGGGUUUUUCCGAGAAUGCCAUGUGCGCCGCCCUCGAGUACGAUGGUAGCAGAAUUAGGUUCCCGGACGACUAGGGAGCCACUCGGAAUGCAAGACUGACAUGUUCGAGAAGAGUCUGGCCGACCUGGAGCAGUAGAGUGUAAAGACCUGAAAAUGAGACACAAAGGGAUCUAGAGAAAAGAGAUUAAAUAUCACACUGGAAGCAUAAUAUUCAGGUCUUGUUCAACAAUUUGUUCUUGUCUAUUAAUUAUAUACUUACAGUUUAA